AUGGAUUUCUCCUACACGUUCCUCACUUUCUUUGCGGUGGCUCUCUUUCUCUGUUUACUCAGGCUUAUAACCUCCGCCGCGGGAUUCCGCCGUAAGUCCUCCUCGAAACUCCCUCUUCCUCCGGGAACAAUGGGUUAUCCUUACGUCGGCGAAACCUUCCAGCUUUACUCACAAGACCCUAAUGUCUUCUUCGCAUCAAAACAGAGAAGAUACGGUUCGGUGUUCAGGACUCAUGUCUUAGGAUGUCCAUGCGUGAUGAUCUCGAGCCCUGAAGCUGCGAAAUUCGUAUUAGUCACCAAGUCUCAUUUGUUUAAACCUACUUUCCCGGCGAGUAAAGAGAGGAUGCUUGGAAAGCAAGCCAUCUUCUUCCACCAAGGAGAUUAUCACUCUAAACUAAGAAAGCUCGUCUUAAGAGCUUUCAUGCCUGAUUCAAUCAGAAACAUGGUCCCUAACAUUGAAUCAAUCGCCCAAGAAUCUCUCACUUCCUGGGAUGGAACUCAACUCAACACUUACCAAGAAAUGAAAACAUACACAUUCAAUGUAGCGUUGAUCUCGAUACUCGGAGAAGACGCAGUCUUGUACAGAGAAGAUCUAAAACGAUGCUACUACAUUCUUGAGAAAGGUUACAACUCGAUGCCGAUUAGUCUCCCGGGAACACUAUUCCACAAAGCCAUGAAAGCUCGCAAGGAGCUAGCUCAGAUCCUCGCUACCAUCUUAUCGAAAAGAAGACAAAACCAAUCUACUCACAAAGAUCUUCUCGGAUCAUUCAUGGAAGACAAAGAAGGUUUAACUGAUGAGCAAAUCUCCGACAACAUAAUCGGAGUUAUUUUUGCGGCAAGAGACACGACCGCGAGUGUGCUGACGUGGAUCCUCAAGUACUUAGCAGAUAAUCCAACUGUCCUAGAAGCUGUCACUGAAGAACAAAUGGCAAUAAGGAAAGGGAAGAAAGAAGGAGAGAGUCUCACUUGGGAAGAUACAAGGAAGAUGACACUAACUUCUAGAGUUGUCCAAGAGACAAUGAGAGUUGCUACAAUCUUAUCUUUCACUUUCAGAGAAGCUGUAGAAGAUGUUGAAUACGAGGGAUACUUGAUACCAAAAGGAUGGAAAGUAUUGCCGCUGUUCAGAAACAUUCACCACAAUGCUGAUUUCUUUUCGGAUCCGGGAAAAUUUGAUCCAUCGAGGUUUGAAGUAGCACCCAAGCCAAAUACAUUUAUACCAUUUGGGAAUGGGAUUCAUUCUUGUCCAGGCAACGAGUUAGCUAAACUUGAAAUUUCUAUUCUAAUCCAUCACCUCACCACGAAGUACUGGUGGUCAAUCGUAGGACCAAGUGACGGAAUUCAGUAUGGACCGUUCGCUCUCCCUCAGAAUGGACUGCCCAUUGCUUUGGGACGAAAACCUGAGGUUGACGUAUGAAGAUAAUUACAAGAUUACUCUUCUUUGGCCUUCUGAAAUUAGCAAGUGAGGAAUUUUUACCAUGUUAAGGAGAUAAACUAUAAAAAAUGAAAAGACACAAGAGUAAUAAAACCCCAAACCGGACUCUCAAUUGUACAUAGAUUUCAGUUAUGUUCUAACUUGUAUAAACAUUUUAGUUUAGGUUUAGGAAAUGUAGAAAAUUAAAUAGGUUACAGAGAAGAUUAAUAUUUUUUUUUGUUAUUUUCUGUGUCACUUCUUUCAAAUUGUAAAUUAUUUUGUUAUCGAUGUAAACUGUAAUGUAUAUUGAUUUAUGCAAUGCUCAAAGCAAGUUCCCAAAGCUGUCAACAAAUUAUUGUUAAUAACAACUAA